AUGAUGAGCUUGACGAACGCUGAAGUUCCUGAGGACUUGAAACUUGGGGUCGAAGCUUGGUUGAAGUAUGAUAAGAACGAACAAACAAGAGACCAGAUCAUCAAGUUAGUGGAGGAUAAGAGCUGGACGGAGCUUCGCAAUCGCUUGAAUUUCAGGAUCACGUUUGGAACAGCGGGCCUGAGGUCUAGGAUGGAGGCAGGGUUUAAUCGCAUGAAUACUUUGACGGUUUUGCAAGCUUCCCAAGGCCUAGCAAAGUACAUCGCAAGCAAUUUCCCUGACAACCUGUCAGUUGUUGUUGGCCAUGACCACAGGUUCAACUCUAAGGACUUCGCGGAGGUUACCAUCGUGGCGUUUUUACAGUUAGGGUUCAAGGUGUACGACUUAGGGUUCACAGAAGACGCGUCGCAAGACGUCGUAGUCCACACCCCAAUGGUGCCCUUCGGAAUAGAUCACUUGCGCGCUUCUGGCGGCAUUAUGAUCACUGCGAGCCACAAUCCUAAGAUGGACAACGGGUACAAGGUGUACUACUCAAACGGCUGUCAAAUUAUCCCUCCCCAUGACCAGCGUAUUUCUCAGUCGAUUUUGGCGAACCUAGAGCCUUGGGACCGGGCUUGGGACUGCGCCGCGGUAAAGGCCGAAGCAGUUCAAUCUGAGAUGCUCAUUGACGCGAAAAAAGUACUGGUUGAUCAGUACGUGGAUACUGUGCGCCGCAGCUUGGUUAUCACAAACGUCAAUCACACCAAAGCGCCCUGGUUCGUUUAUACCCCGCUGCACGGUGUCGGAUUCGAAAUAUUUGAGAAGAUCCUAAGCAGUGCCUGGAGGCUGGGGCAGGGCCGCGACUACCUGUGCGUUGAGGAACAGAAAUAUCCUGACCCCAACUUCCCUACUGUCAGCUUCCCCAACCCCGAAGAGAAAGGUGCGCUUGAUAAAGCCAUCGAGCUUGCUGAAAAGCACGACAUAACAUUCGUGCUCGGCAAUGAUCCAGAUGCAGAUAGGUUCUCAGUUGCAGCGAAGCACAAUGGCCAGUGGCGGCAAUUGACUGGUAACGAAAUUGGGUUCUUGUUUGCCCAGUACAAGUGGGAGACGUACAGGCUGGAAAGUGACAAGUUCAAGGGCACUAACCCGCUAGCGAUGAUCAACUCCACAGUUUCUUCACAGAUGAUCAAAAAGAUGGCUGAGGUCGAAGGCUUCCACUACGAAGAUACCUUGACCGGGUUCAAGUGGCUCGGCAACAGAGCCCGAGAGCUCGAGAAUGCCGGCUACUUCGUCCCUUUCGCUUAUGAAGAAGCUAUUGGAUACAUGUUCUCAGACGUCGUGCACGACAAAGACGGGAUCAGCGCUGCUGUGGUAUUUCUACAGAUGCUCUGGAGUUGGAAGGCGCAGGCGCUGACUCCUUUUGACGUUUUGCAGCGCGCCUACCAGAAGUACGGGGUAUUCAAAGAAUACAAUGGAUAUUACAUCGUCCCUGACCUCUCUCUUACAGACAAGGUUUUCAGUGGCAUCCGGAGUGGCUUCAGUCUCCAGCCCACACACAUAGGACAAGAGUUCCGCGUCGAGUCCUACACUGACUUAACUACGGGCUACCAGUCCAACACUCCGGAUAGCGAACCACGACUACCUGUUGACCCAUCGUCCCAGAUGAUCACAGCUACCCUAACGCCGACGUCUUCUACAGGAAGGCAGGGCUUCUCGGAAUCUGUGCGGUUUACCGCUAGAGGCUCCGGAACCGAGCCCAAGCUUAAGGUUUACAUUGAGGCAGUUUCGUCGAGCGAAGAGCUAGCUUCUGCGCUUGCAAAAAAAGCCUGGGAUGUCUUGCGAAGAGAGUGGUUCAAGCCAGAGCAAACAGGGCUCGCUACAAACUUCUGA